UUUGCAUUGUGUUAUUAGUAUUAUCGAUUACUCGUGUAGCUGUUUAUGCAGAUGCAGAUUAUGGAGAAGCUCUCACAAAGAGUCUUUUGUAAUUUGAAGCUCAGCGCUCUGGAACAUUGCCAUCAAACCAAAGAGUUAAUUGGAGAGGAGAUUCUGCACUCAGAGAUGGUUCUGAUGCUCAUAUUGAUCUCACCGGAGGUUAUUAUGAUGCCGGAGACAAUAUGAAGUUUGGAUUUCCGAUGGCAUUCACUACGACGAUGCUAGCUUGGAGCAGCGUAGAGAUGGCAUCACAGCUCAAGGCCCGCGAGGAGCACGAAAACGCCCUAGCGGCUCUCAAAUGGGCCACUGACUAUCUUAUCAAAGCCCAUCCAGAGUCCAAUGUCCUGUAUGGACAAGUGGGCGAUGGUGACUCGGACCACGCGUGUUGGAUGAGACCCGAAGAUAUGACCACUCCACGUCCUUCAUACCGCAUUGAUGCUCAGCAUCCAGGUGCUGACUUGGCAGGUGAGACAGCUGCAGCGAUGGCUGCAGCUUCUCUAGCAUUUGCGCCCUCUGAUGCAGCCUAUGCCAAAAAACUCAUUGAUCACGCGAAAGAUCUAUUUGAAUUUGGUAAAGACCACCCAGGGGUCUAUCAUUACUCCAUUCCUAACGCGGCUGGCUUUUACCCGAGCAGUGGUUAUGAAGACGAGUUGUUGUGGGCUGCGGCUUGGCUUCACCGGGCCACUGGAGACCAGGCUUAUCUCGAUUAUCUAACACAAGCUUCUAAUAGCGGAGGUGCAAGGUUUGUUUUCUCAUGGGACGAUAAGUUCUUGGGGGCACAAGUCUUGGCAGCCAAGCUUGUGUUUGAAGGGAAAGUGAAGAAUGAAGGGAAGAUCGCAGAGUACAAAACUAUGGCGGAGCAGUUUAUCUGCAAUUGUGCUCAAAAAGGUUCUAAUAACGUUAAGAAGACUCCGGGAGGUUUGCUUUGGUUCUUGCCGUGGGACAACCUCCAAUACACAGCUACUGCUUCUUUCGUCUUGUCUACUUAUGGUAAAUACCUUGAGGCUGCACAAGCCUCGGUCCAGUGCCCCAAUGGUGCCCUUAAAGCUUUUGAUCUUCUCGACCUCGCUCGAGCUCAGGUAAACUACAUACUUGGGUCAAACCCGAAGAACAUGAGCUACAUGGUUGGAUUCGGGACCAAUUAUCCUAAGAGACCACACCAUAGAGGAGCCUCUAUAGUGUCAAUCAAGAAAAAUCCUAAACCGAUGACAUGCAAUGAAGGGUUUGAAGCUUGGUACAACAAUCCUGAACCGAACCCUAAUGUUUUGUUUGGAGCAAUUGUAGGUGGACCGGACGAGAACGAUGCUUACCAAGAUGAACGGUCUGAUUUUCAGCACGACGAGCCCGACACCGUCACCGUUGCUCCUUUAAUUGGUGUUUUGGCUGCCAUUGCAUGAUCUUAACUAAAUUACACAUCUCUGUAUUUGUUUCUUAUAUUUACUGUCUUUGGACCUCAUUUUUCCAAGAGGCUCUA